UUCGCUCGUCCUCCCUACUCUGCUUUUUGCCCACAUCUGUCUAUUGAAUGAACUUGGUCAUGACGCGCAUUGCUUGGAGUGGUCGACUCCGCGGGCACAGAACGGACCGCGGUUCUUUACGACGCCGACACGGACUGCCCGUCCCCUUUGUAUUUGUGAAGACGGUGGCAUGCUUCUGCACAUGGACUAUGUGGAUCUCGGUCUUGCGGAGUUGCCCUUAAAUCUGAGCGUAUUUACUGCCUACCUAGAUCUGAGCAUUAACAACCUCACCCUACUGCCCAACGGGGCCUUCUCCAACCUAUACGUCCUUCAAGAGCUCAGGCUAGCAGGAAACUGCCUGACCGACAUCCCUGAAGGGGCUUUCUCUGGCCUCUUCAAUCUCAAAGUACUAAUGCUCCAAAACAAUCAUCUAUGGCAAGUUCCUGGUGAUGCCCUUCAGAACCUACAGUCUGCGUUUGGAUGCCAACCACAUUACCCGUGUGCCUGUGGGUUCCUUUAGGGGCCUGGCAUCCUUGCGCCACCUUUGGCUGGAUGAUAAUGCCCUCACAGAGGUGCCCGUCCAUGCCCUGGCCAGCCUGCCCACCCUGCAGGCAGUGAUGCUGGCCCUCAACAGUAUCACCCACAUCCCAAACCAGGCCUUCGCCAACCUCACCAGCCUGGUGGUCCUGUGAGUAGCACUGUUGGAUUGACCAGUUGUUAUACGAUUCUGUUUUUUGUUUAAGGGCCAGCCUCACUCUCUCGGUCUUUACAUUUUCAUUGUUUUCUAACGUCUCUCUCUCUUUUGCUCCUACUACAUGCACAAAUGCAUACCCACUUCCUUUCUACCACUGCAUAGAACCCUGCGAGACUUUGUUGGGUCUUUGCACUUUUUGGACAUCUUUCCUCACAUCUCUUCGUAGGCAUCUCCAUAACAACCAGAUCCAGUUGUUGGGGGAGAGGUGUUUUGAUGGGCUGCUCAGCCUGGAGACUCACUUCUACGUUUUUGAUAGCCUGGGUGCCAGUCCCUCUCUGCUUCAGCCAACGUAUCAUUGUUGAAUUCAGAAACACUCAGAUAGCCAGGCUAUGGAUAUUGCUUUUCAGAACUCGGAACUCUGAAUGUUCCUUUACAAGACAUCUAUACGGUUAUCCCAAAGUGAGCCACCACUGCAGUUCAAACAGUCUGGACGACGUGCUCAUCUGGUGCAUCUUAGUGUGUGGCUGCAUGAUGCAGCACUCUACCAAUUACCCUCAAUCUAGGCUGCACAUGUUUCCUGAGUGUUUGCAGGGUAAUACCCAAACAACCUCCAGGCUACCAGUACUUUAUACUACUACAACUUACAACCCCCAUUAUUCUACUGACCAGAGAAAAGAGAGAGUCAUGUUGUUAGAUAAUGCAGUAGUCCACAAGUUACUGUAAAAAAGAUACACACUAACUAAUGUUGUACAUGUUUAUGUGCAUUAUAUUUACAGUACUUACUACUGUAUUUGGGAGACCCAUGGGGCGGCGCACAAUUGGCCCAGCGUCGUCCAGGGUAGG